AUGGCCACUCCACAGGGGAAAAUUGUAGUCACACACAUCAACGCUGACGGCAAGGCAGCCUUCCUACCCGACCUGUCAGUCCAGCCCGUGCAGCUGCCCGGUGCUAGCAUUCGAAGGAUCUGGGACACUCCAGCUGUUCCGGUCCCUAAGUGUGUCAUUGCUCCGGGCGAUGUUAGCCCCUGGCAUUCCACUUCUUCAGUUGACCUGGGGUUCAUCAUGGCUGGAGAAAUUGUCUUGAUGUUGGAUGGAGGAGAGGAGAAGACGCUUAGCGCUGGAGACAUGUUCAUUCAGCAAGCUACGAACCACGCAUGGGCCAACCGAUCCUCUCUGCCCGGCCGUUAUUAUACGUUCUUGGUGGCUUCGCAAAUGGGGGGGGAAAGGAGAAUAACGCACUGUGUGAACUGUUAA